UUCGGCUGAUUACCUUUGCGGCUGUGCUUGGCCGCUGCGGCGCAUUGUUUUGAAUGUGGAAUGUGGAUCCCUACCUGACUUCCAACUCUUGAUCAGAAUGGACCAGCCGGCGGACGUGAUGGCUCUUGCAGAGAAAGCCUUUCCCAUUCUUAACGAUGAUUUCAACCCACCACUGUUGAGUGAAGAUGAAUGCCGCUUUCUUGAGAAUGGGCUUAGAGAAAGCGACCUCCUGUGCCUCGUUGAAGAUCUGAUAAUAGACAAAAUCGAAGAACAUUUGCGGACGUGGAUAGUACCCGAGUUCUGGCAGGAGUUCCAAUUGCCCAGCAUUGACAGCGGUUUUGAAAGGUUCAAAUUUACCGUCCACAAGCUCCACCAGAGGUACUGCCAGUUCAUUCCGGUCUUCCAACGCCUGGAAGAUAUGAGAAAAAGGCUGGAGGUUCAAAGGGAAAUUUAUGGAGAAGAAAACCUUUGGGUCGUGUUAAAAUACAUCAUUACGUCAACUCUACAGUCCCAACUUCCCGUCCGUUCACAUAAGAACAUCGUGGAAGAGUUUUAUAAACUCUCUUUUAAAGUUUUCUACCAUUUUGACAAAUCAAACCGAGAUAUGAAUGAAUCUGGAGAAGAUGGACUUCAGUGCGGAGGCUGUUCUUUUGAGUUAGAACAAUGCCGGUGUGAAAAAAUAAUAGAAGACUUUCAUUCAACAAAUAGGAUUCUAAUUGAGUUGGAACUGCUUGAAAGAAUAGCGGGAGAUGUCCUGACGUCAUUAAUUCACAAACAAAUCGAAACACAUAUACAAGACACUUGUAAAGGAAGUUUUGAUGUUUCUUUCAUACCGUCACUCGAAUCAUGGUUAAGCACUGUAGUUUUUGGUUGGCUGACGCGUUUGUACAGCAGCGGUCCAGACUGUCCAUUUACGAAGAAAAGUUUGAACACGUUUAAGAUGAAAUUGAAUCAUCUCCUGUAUGAAACCUACACGAAGACCAGGAUAGAACAAUUGUUCAAUAUAAUCAUAGAAUAUCCGGAUUCCGGAGCCGCCAUUGAAGACUUGAAAGUCUGCUUGGAGAAGACGGACCUUCGACAAUAUUUAACAACUAAAUUGCAGAACGUACUGCAGACUAGGUUACUUCACCCGGGUGUGAACACAUCGGACAUAAUCACGGCUUAUGUCGCGUCCAUCCGGGCCCUGAGACAUUUAGAUUCUACUGGAAUCCUUUUGGAAACAGUUACAAUGCCAGUAAGGCAUUAUCUCAGAGGCCGUGAUGACACAAUGAGGUGCAUUGUUAUGAGCUUGACCGAAGAUGGGCCUGGAGAGCUGGCCGAUGAGCUAGUACGAGGGGAAGAAACUGGAAUGCAGGAUCCGGUUCAUUGGGAAGACUGGACGCCUGACCCUAUUGACGCGCACACGAAACCAAAUAGGGAACGGCUCAACGGUAGAGAUAUAGUCUCAAUGCUUGUAACAGUUUAUGGCAGUAAGGAAAUGUUUGUGCACGAGUACAGAAGCCUCCUGGCAGAUCGUCUUCUUCUACAGCAUAGUUACAAUACAGAAAAAGAAAUACGAUACCUAGAACUUCUCAAACUAAGAUUCGGAGAUUCACAAUUGCAUUACUGUGAGGUUAUGCUGAAAGAUAUCUAUGAUUCUAAGAGAUUGAAUACACAUUUGCAUUCUGAACCGAAUUUCGGCCUAGCAAGUCAGGUACGCUGGACAAAUGCUCCUUUGAUUGGUAAUUUUAAAUAUGCAACUUUUCAGGAGUUCAACUGUACUUGCAUGAUUCUCUCGGCUCAAUUUUGGCCAAUGUUGAAAGAGGAAACACUGGAGCUUCCUCAGAAAAUAAAAGAACAUUUAAACGUUUACACGAAAGCUUUUGAAACCCUUAAGGGCAAUAGAACGUUAAACUGGAAGCCUCACCUGGGUUCAGUCGAUCUUGAAAUUGAGUUAAAAGGUCGAAGUAUAAAUCUCACCGUCACACCUACUCAAGCUGCAAUUAUUUGGUACUUCCAGGAAAAAAACCAGUGGACGAUCGAUGAAUUAAGUUCGACUCUAUUAGUGCCUCAGACUGUUUUAAGGAGGAGAAUUGCAUUCUGGCAAUCGCAGGGUUUACUUAGAGAAACAUCAACAGAUACGUUUCUGUUAGUUGAAGAACCUAUAGGUAGGUCUUUGAAAGCUCCAGCCGCUUCUGAGAUGAUAUGCGAGGAUGACGAAACCGAGAGCAUAAUGGCAUCCGCCCAAGAUCAAAGGGAAGAAGAGCUGCAUGCAUUUUGGACUUACAUUGUCGGUAUGUUGGGAAAUUUGGAGUCCCUCCCGCCUGAGCGGAUCCAUCAGAUGCUUAAGAUGUUCGCUUCACAAGGGCCGUCGGCUGUUGAAUGUACGCUGCAGCAACUGAGGCAUUUCUUGGACCAGAAAGUGAGGGAGCAUAAACUUCUCUUCUCCGGAGGGUUUUACAGACUUCCAAAAUGAUGGGACAUUUGUUACAAUUGACUUUUAAAAGUGUAGGGCAGUGACACAGAGAAUCGUAUACUCUCUCGACAAUGACGUUUUUAAGAAAGUGUAAAAAAAAAAGGAAAAAAUCUAUUGCAUUUCAGUUGUUAAAUCCUAAGAAAAACAAGAAAAAAGUAUAUAUUUGUUAAGUUUAAUUUUUUAUC